GUUCCCUCGGCGGCCUCUGCGACUGUAGCAUCAUCCAGGUUGAGCGAGAAGGCUUGGCUCGUGGCCAGGUGGUAUAAUUUUGACAUGAUGUUUAUGAAGCCUCUGUUGACCAACUGCAGACCUACACUCCUGGAGACAAUGCCCAGAUGCUGUAUGCCAUUUGCUAAAAUCUUUACCACGGAGGAACAGAUAACUCAGGGGGAGGUCCACUUUGACGAUGACUCUGACACGGACAACAUCCUGGGUCAGGGGAAUAAUUCCAUCAGCGAGGAUUACAGUAUUAGCGGAGAAGCUGGAGGGCGAGGAAACCUCGAUCAGCAGCCUUCACACUGGACACCCAAAGAACCGCUACAG